ACGCUGCAGUCGCAGUUUUGAUUCCAGGUAUACCGUCUUCGCAAUCACAGGGUAGAGUGGACUGAUGGCACGUCAUGCGGGGAUACCCAUGAAUGACCCGCAAUUUGGCAUGGACUCGACGCGCAGCUGGGUAGUAGCAGCCUUUCUCAGCUUGGUGAUGUCCAUGACCAUGGCUGGGCAGCAGACAGCCGGAGUGCUGUUCUACGGCAUCGUCCAUACCUACGGUGUCAGCAGGCAAGAGGCGUCGUGGCCUAUUGUACUCACGACCACAGUGACUUGCUUGACAGGGCCAAUAGUGGGUUACUUGUGCAGGCGAUACAGCUGCCGGAUCGUCUUGCUCAUCUGUACUCUUCUGGCAGGCACUUCAGUCAGCGCUUGUUGUUUCGCCAAUGACAUCCUUAUUUUGUCUCUUCUCUUCGGUAUUGUCUAUGGAUUUUCUGUGAGCUGGUGUUUACGUCGCCGUCAACGUUCUAGUCUCCCAGUACUUCGAGAAGCGGCGAGCUACGGCCUGCAGCCUGAUUUUCACGUUCAGUGGGCUUAACAUGGUUUACCUACCCUACCUGGCAGAGCUUUGUCGAGUUAUCUACGGCAUUCGGGGCACCUUCUUGCUACUAGGGGCAUUGAUGCUCAAUGCAUUCCCGCCAGUUCUGACCCUCCGCAGUCCACAGUGGCUGGAGCGCGUAACCACUGGUUCUAUUACGACACACAGCGAGGUGAAGGAACCAGUGGGCAUAGCGAAAAGCGACGAUCUCCUCCAUAUUCACAGUGUGCAACUGAAAUCCUCAUCUGAUGAUUACAAGGGAUCUGUUGGCGAAAUCAACGCAGAGCACACAGAAACCGAAUUUUCAAGAGAUCUACAGCUGCUCUCUUCGCUAGUACCGUCAAGAAAUCGGCUACACAGAAGCCAAGCAAGGCAUAAAAUCUCUCAAAUAGUAUGGAAGAAAUUCGCCACUGUAAAAUUUGCUGUAAAUGCCUUAUCGUUUUCGAUUAUGGCACUCGGUCAGACAACGUUUCUCAUGUUAGCGGUAGACCUUGCUACAGACAGGGGAGUGGUGCCUUCAAAUGCAGUACUCCUUGUGAACGCAUUCGGGGUCGCCGAUAUUUGCGUGAGGCCUAUGAGUGGUAU